AUGACAGCUGAAGAGUUAGAGCAAUGGCUCAAAGGACCUGGCAGUCAAGAGUCGGGCUGGUCGAAAGACGACGGUUCAGGAGAGAGCAUCGGCCAUGAAAGUGGAAGGAAGAUCGUUGAGAUCCUGAAAAAGAACCCGCAUAAAGACCCGUCCCAAUAUGACGAGGAAGAUAUAGCGCAUAUGAGAAAAGUCGCCGCCUAUAACAAGCGCCAUCUCGCGCAGGAGGAAAAGGCCAAACAAGACACGAACAGCAACUCGUAUAAGAGCCUGAAGAACUGGGGACACGAUGCGCAGAAAUCGUAA